AUGCCCGCUUUACCAAACUCCACGCAUUCUUCCGAAGGGCGAUUAUAUUUGCUAAACAUGACCGGUCCUAAGGCUUUACAAAUUGUUCUUUUUGAAAUGGUUCGAUUCUUUCAGAAAGUUG